AUGUCGUCCAACCCUCCCGGCUCGUGCUGCAGCGUCGGCACCCUCUUUGAGGGCACGCCCACCGGCCAGGACAUCAAGAUUGGCGACAACAAGCAAAUCGACGCCUACGUGGCCAAGGCGCCCGAGAGCAAGGCGCGCGCGGGCGCCGGCAUCCUCUACAUCCCCGACGUCAUCGGCAUCUGGCAGAACAGCAAGCUCAUGGCCGACAGCUUCGCCGCCAGCGGCUACACGACGCUCAUCAUCGACCCCUUCAACGGCGACCCCGUGCCGCUCAACAACAAGGGCCCCUUUGACUUUAUGAAGUGGCUCAACGAGGGCUCCGACGGAAAGAACCCGCACACCACCGCGCAGGUCGACCCCAUUGUCGUGGCGGGCAUCAAGGCCCUGCGCGAGCUGGGCGUCGACAAGAUUGCCGCCGUGGGCUACUGCUUCGGCGCCAAGUACGUCGUCCGCCACUACAAGAGCGGCAUCGCCGCCGGCUUCCUCGCCCACCCGUCCUUCGUCACGGAGGAGGAGCUCGCCGCCAUCGAGGGCCCGCUGUCCAUCGCCGCCGCCGAGACCGACUCCAUCUUCCCGGCCGACAAGCGCCACAAGAGCGAGGAGAUUCUCAUCAAGACAGGCAAGCCCUACCAGAUCAACCUGUACAGCGGCGUCGAGCACGGCUUCGCCGUCCGCGGCAAGCUCGACGUCCAGGUCCAGAAGUUUGCCAAGGAGCAGGCCUUCCGGCAGGCCGUGACGUGGUUCGACGCCUUCCUGGCGUGA